AUUCCAUUUCAAUCUUUUCUUCUUUCUCUGUUGGCUUGUUUUUCUUUUGUUUCUGAUUCUGAUUGACUCUUUUGAUUCAAGCUUCGUUGUUGCUUUAGUUUACUGCUUAAACUUUGAUAUGGGAUUUGUGGAUUGAUUUUCUUUGCAUCAUCAGAUCCAAUCUGCUUCAGAUCGGUCUGACUUCUUUUUUCUUGGGAAUUCCCUUUCUUAUCUUCCCUGAAAUUUAUUGGCAUGUCAACUUGUUAUAUGGUCAGAAGGCAGUGAAAAUUGGCAAAUCGAGUUUUCAGUUUGUGCUUAUUGGAGAGGAAAGGUGGAAGUUAGCUUGAGAGCUUUAAGUUUGUGGUUGAGUCCUAACAGAGGCUCUUGCAAAUUUUAAGUUUCUUGGGGGUAACUUUUGGAAAUGAUGUUAAUGUUUGAUGAGAUGGGUCUUUGUGGAGAUAUGAGUUUCUUCUCCGCUCCUAUGGGGGAGUCAGAUAUGGUCCCCACACAAACUGAACCAGAGGCAACUGUGGAGGAUGAUUAUUCUGAUGAAGAGAUUGAUGUUGAUGAGCUUGAAAGGAGAAUGUGGAAGGACAAAAUGCGUCUCAAAAGGCUUAAAGAACAAACUAAGGGUAAGGAGGGAAUUGAUAUAGCUAAGCAGCGUCAGUCCCAAGAGCAAGCGAGGAGGAAGAAGAUGUCCAGGGCUCAAGAUGGGAUCUUGAAAUACAUGUUGAAGAUGAUGGAAGUUUGUAAAGCUCAAGGUUUUGUUUAUGGGAUUAUUCCCGAGAAAGGAAAGCCUGUGACUGGGGCAUCUGACAAUCUUCGAGAAUGGUGGAAGGAUAAGGUCAGGUUUGAUCGCAAUGGUCCAGCCGCUAUAGCCAAGUAUCAAGCCGAUAAUUCAAUCCCUGGCAAGAAUGAGGGCUGUAAUUCAAUUGGUCCAACUCCUCACACCUUGCAAGAGCUUCAAGACACCACCCUAGGUUCACUGUUGUCAGCACUCAUGCAGCAUUGUGAUCCUCCUCAGAGGCGAUUUCCAUUGGAGAAAGGUGUUUCCCCACCAUGGUGGCCCACUGGAAAUGAGGAAUGGUGGCCUCAAUUGGGUUUGCCAAAGGAUCAAGGCGCUCCACCUUACAAGAAGCCUCAUGACCUGAAGAAGGCAUGGAAAGUGGGUGUUCUAACAGCUGUGAUUAAGCAUAUGUCCCCAGAUAUUGCCAAGAUUCGCAAGCUUGUGAGGCAAUCUAAGUGCUUGCAGGACAAGAUGACAGCCAAGGAGAGUGCCACAUGGCUUGCCAUCAUCAACCAGGAGGAGGCCUUGGCUCGAGAGCUUUAUCCUGAAACCUGCCACCCUUUGUUAUCUGCUGGGGGAAGCGGGUCUUUGGUGAUCAAUGACUGCAAUGAGUAUGAUGUUGAUGGGGCUGAAGAUGAACCAAACUUUGAUGUCCAAGAGCGUAAACCAGAGAAUCUCAUUUCUUCCAAUUUGGGGAUGGAAAGAGUGAGGGACAGGCUUCCAGUUCGGCAACCAUCUUUUCCAAUUAAGGGAGAAGUUGUUACAAACUUUGAUUUUGUUCGGAAAAGGAAGCCAUCCACUGAAAUUAGCAUGGCGAUGGAACACAAGAUCUAUACAUGUGAGUACCUUCAGUGUCCUUACAGUGAACCCCGCUUGGGCUAUCAUGACAGGACUUCCAGGGACAAUCACCAAUUGACUUGCCCAUACAGAAACAAUUCUUCAGAAUUUGGAGGGUCCAAUUUUCAUGUUAAUGAAGUAAAACCAGUUAUCUUCCCUCAAACAUUUGCACAGUCCAAGUCAACUGGUCCAUCAUAUAAUUCAGUGCAACCUUUCGACAUAUCAGGACUUGGAGUUCCAGAAGAUGGACAGAAAAUGAUAAGUGAGCUCAUGUCAAACUACGAUAACAAUAUCCAAGGCAACAGGAAUGUUACUCCCAGUAACACUGCAGCAGUGACAGAAAGUCAAAAUCCUCUUCAGCAAAAAGUUCAGCAUCAACAGGACAAUUAUUUCCAUGGACAAGGAGUGGGGAUGGAUGGGAACUUGUUUGAAGGAUCCAACAUGACUGAUAAUCAUCAGAUGUUUCCCCGAGAGGAAGGUCAAUUCGACAGGUUUAAGAUAAUGAACUCUCCAUUUGAGGCGAACCACAACAACAAUAGUUUCCAGUUAAUGUUUGGUUCGCCAUUUGAUUUAGGAUCAUUUGAUUAUAAAGAGGAUCUACAAGCAGUAGGAAUCGGUAGUCUGCCAAAGCAGGAUUCCUCAAUCUGGUUCUAGUUACAUUGCAAACUUGUCAUCAACAUGGUUGAGCUGUCUCUCUCUCUCUCACUCUGUCUGUUGGGGUGAUGGAGAAGACAUUGUUGAAUUAGUUAGUUUUUGGUGUUUUGAUUAUGAUGUGGUGAAGUUGUUGGUAGUUGUAUUAUUUUGUUUGUAGAAUUAGAAAUUAGGGAGUAAGCAGGGUUGAUAUGGGGAAUAAAAGGAUUAGAAGGGUCCCAUUCCAUCCCAUCAAAAGGCCCCUGCUUUAAUUACAUGUAUGAAAUGUCAAAUAAAUAAGCUAGGGUUGAUCUCCAUUUCUGAUUAUUUAAUAAGGUAAGUUAUGUUGAAUUGUUAUAAGACAUGUGUGAGUUGUUGAAUGAAACUGUUGGCCACAACACAACCACAAA